UCGCGGGAAUUUAAGAGAUUUGAACAAUUACAAAUUUAAUUUGAAAUUCACAUAUUAUUUUUUUUUUUUAGGAUGUUCCAUAUUUUUUCAAAGCAGUUUUUUUGCAACAAUUCUUUUUAUUUAUCUAUAUAUAUUUAAUUUGAUGUUAGCAGGAAUAUAUUUAUAUAUAUGUGUGUAUGGAAAUAAUAAAGAGGAAAUGUUCAGAUGGUUAUGGUUUGACCAUUUUCAGAAAAAGAAAGAAAAAAAUUUAAAUGUUAUUAUAAACUAGAAAAGACUAUUAAUAAGCAAAAUGGAAGAAAAUAUCGAGUUUAAAAUAAUAGGAAAUAUUGGAGAAUUGAGUUUAUCACAAAGAGAUAUGAGUUCUUUGAAAAUAGAUUUCCGUUGUCUUUCAGAUUCUGAAUAUGAAUUAUUCUUUUCUAUUUUGGAUAGUUUCAGGAUUAUACUUGCAAAAUUCUCCUUAAAUCGUUCUUCUGUUUUAGAAAAUAAAGAUAAUGAUCAGGAUUGUUUCAGGGACUUGAAUGCCUUAAAACUCUCUUUGUGGAAAACUAUUAAUCUAUCUUUAAACAUCAAUCACUUUGCUGUUUCAACCCAAAGUUUAUGGACAUUAGGAGAAAAUUUCUAUGUAGAUAUAAGCUCAUAUUUAAAAUCUAUUCUUCAAGUACAAGAAUCAGAUCUGCAGACUGAAGAAGAUCUUAUGGAUGUGGAUUUUGGUGAUGAAUACCAUUUAGAGGAAUUUGAAACAUUCAUAGAGAUAAUUUCAUUCCAAGAAUACAAACCUCUCAUUGAGAAAUUUUUCCUUAACUGUCCUUUAUUUGAUGAUAGUAUUAUAAUUUGCUCUAAAGAUACAAUUUCUAUGACGUGGCAAAUGGAUUUGGUUAUACCUUCUCAUAAUUUACCUUUUGGUACUAAACAUUCCAAAGUAUUUCAUUUAAUUAAUUUUCCUGUCACUUACAAUGAGCUAUUCUCAUCUGAGAAUUUAUUUGCUGUAGAUAAUAGCUCAAAACCUGUGCUCACUUUUGUAUAUGAUAAAGAAUUAAGUAGGCAAAGAACUAAUGUACUUCACACAGAUCUUUUCAAAAAAUUGAUUGGUACAACUUCAUCAUCUUCAAACUGUAUUUAUUUUAUUGGUCAUCCUGAAGGUAAAUUGUUGUAUUGUUUGUGUACAGUGUCCUCUAAGGAGCAAAUUGUUCAUACAGAUAGCACACCAGAGAUGAUAUAUGAUAUAAAACAACCCAUUAAAGGUAUUCAUUUUCAAAGAGACCCAAAUGACGUAAAAGGAAAUGGUUUUUUGUUAAUUAUUGGAAAACUAGGGAAGCUAGUAUUUAUAACAGCAGAAAAAAUCUUCCAGAACUCAACUAUUUUUAAAAUUAAAAAUGAAUCAAUAUAUAUCAUAACUUUAUACCUGCCAUCAUCAGUUCACACAUAUAUUUUAUUCAAGCAGAGCAUAAUUUUUAUUUCAAAUAAAUCUGAAUUAUGGGUAUCUGAGUUGUCUAAGCAAGAAAGUAGUGUCCCUCCAAAAAAACAGGUAUUAAAGUUAUCCAGAAAUAAAAUUGCUAUGCAGGGUGUUAUGAAAAUAGUUCUGAUAAAUGAAUUACAAGGUCUUUUCUUAUUAGUAACAAGGUCUGGCCAAUUAUACAUAUGUGAAUAUUGUGAACAUAAAAUUGAUCUAAAUUUACCUAUAUCGCUACAAUCGCUGAUGAAUGUAAUUAUGCACCAAAGUUCAGUUUUGCAUCAAUUAAAUGCACUGUCAAAAAUGCACCAAGAUUUCUUUGCAGCUGUCUCAAAAUUUGCUUCCCUCAAAUUUAAUGGUGUUGAGAAAUUGAAAGUUACUUGUUCAAUAACAGAAAUAGAUGAACCACCCAAAAAAUAUGUCAUCAGCAUAAAUAUAGCAAGCACUGAAAAGUUUGAUUCCAGAUUUUGGUUUGUUACAGCAUAUCUUUACAAUUUUUAUCAAAAAGAUUCGAUUGUGAUUUCAAAAACAUUACAAUUUGAAACAGAUCAGAUAAUCACCAUAGAAGUACAGGAAUCACUUUUAUGCUCACCACAUGGUUCUGCAUUUCCUUUAUAUUUAGAAGUUGGAUUGCUUAUAACCUUACCUGAAACUUUUAGAUCAGAAGAAAGUUUUAAAUUUAUUGUUGCAGUAUUACCUCUUUAUAUAAAAAUAGAGACUUUAAUAUUAAAUGAGUUGUAUCUGUUACAAUCGAAGACAGAUUCUCAGCAAAAUAGAAGUCAACAAGAUCUACAAAGCUCUAAAAAUGCUUUGACAGAAAUUUGUUCAAGAAAUCUGAAGAAACCUAUAGCUCAUGCACUACACAUCUGCCAUAAGGCCUUAACAAACUAUCCUCAAGAUUUUUCUUUUUGCUUGUUUCCUGUUAAUUCAAAGCAAGCAACAAUAGAGACAUCAGAAGAAUUUCUUUCGAUGGAUGAUAUUAUUCAAAUUUUAAAAAAGAGAAACAAGUUGCCAGAUGCUCCUGAACUUCAUUCUUUAACAUGCAGAAACCAACAAAUGUCUUUACAAGUGUCUGAGAACAGCGAAGCUACAUGGAUCACUUUGCGUUCAAAAUCAUUUUUCCUGUUAGUUGGAUUACGCAUGGCAAUCAUGGAGUUGUUAUUAUAUAUGCAGUUGCAGAAUUCAUCCAUUAAAUAUGGUUCUAAAUGUGUGAGCAUUUCAGCAAAAGUAAACAAAGAAUGUGAAAAAUUAAGUAAAGAACUUCUGAGUAUGUAUGGCCAAGAUGUAGAGACCGAAGGUUUCAUGGAAAAAAUUAUUAAUAUGUAUUGCCAGUUGAGGAAAAUAUCUAGGCAGUUACCUUUCAGUUAGUUUUCCACUUCAGAGAUUGCAAUUCACUGUUGAUUGAAUACUAUUUUUUACAAUUAAGUAUAUUGUAAAAUAUAAAGGUUGAGUUGAUGAAAUACACAAUGAAGAAAGAGAUUUGCAAGAUUUUAGAAAAAGGAAUUAUAUAAAACUGACAAAAUAUAUGAAUUUUGAUUUAUAUACAGAUGUAUUGCCAGUUGAUUUAUUUUAAAUGACUACUUGGUAGCUAAAAUCAGACAAAUGAUU